UCGUUAAUCGGGCCCAUCUGGCCCAUGACCUUAACUGACAGAUGCCAAAAUAGCAAAUAUCUCAGAAAGCAAGAAGUAACAUUUACAUAUAUCUCAAUAUUUCUUAAAAUUGAAUGACGAGUGAUAGUGACAAUUUAAAUUCUAGAUAUAAUAAUGAGCGAAUUUGUUACAAUACAAGUUGGCCAAUGUGGAAAUCAAAUAGGAUCAGCUUUUUGGCCUUUGGCUUUGCACGAAUAUGGUAUCCAAACUAAAACUGGGGGUGUACAUUUGCUCAAAGUGCAAAGAAAUCACAUCAAACACAUCAGCGAUCUGUCUGAUGCUUUUCACAGUUUCUUUCAAAUUCCAGACAAAGCAAAAAACUUACACUUUCAAAAUGUGGCUGAUCUAAACAAGAGUAAAGUUAAAGCUAGAGCUGUUCUUGUAGAUAUGGAAGACAGUGUAGUAUCUAGAUUCAAGCAAGGUCCACUGAGACAAUUAUUUGAUCAAACAUGUAUUGUUACAAAUUAUCCAGGAUCUGGGAACAAUUGGGCAAUAGGAUAUCAUGAUCAUGGUAAAGAAUAUCAUGAUCGUAUAGAAGAGAGUAUAAGACGUGUAGUUGAACGAUGUGAUCGACUUCAUGGAUUUUUGUUAAUGCAUUCUUUGGGAGGUGGCACUGGAUCUGGAUUAGGCACGGCUAUCUUGAAAUUAUUAAAAGAUAAUUAUCCUCAUGUAGAGAGGUGUGCCUUGUAUGAACAUCAAAUUGUGUCAUGUGUGUAUCCAGCAAAUAUGCAAGAUACUAUAACUGCACCUUAUAACACUUUGCUUGCAACUCAGGAACUUAUAGAACACGCUACUUGUGUGUUUCCUGUAGAAAAUAAAGCUCUCUUAGAUAUAUGUAAUGCUCAGUUGAAUAAACGAGAGAAUAUAAGCCAAGUGAAUUACAAUGUUUCAUGUAAGGCAUUUCAGGAUAUGAACAGUAUUAUAGUCAACAUGCUCUUACAUCUAACCAGUGGAUCCAGAUUUCCAGGAAGUUUAAAUAUGGAUAUGAAUGAAGUAGCUGCGAAUCUAGUCCCUUAUCCGAAAUUACAUUAUAUAUUCAGUAGUAUCAGUCCCAUAACUUUAUCCGCCCCAAAUAUAUGCACCAUGCGAGAAACGAAAUUGCAGGAUGAAUUAUUUACCAGUGCAUGGUCGCGAAAUAAUCAAUUAAUUAAAUUAGAUCCUCUACAGUCUACCUCUGUCAUUCUUGCGGCUGCACAUAUUGCAAGAGGCAAUACUACAUUAACUGAUAUGAAGCGAAAUAUUGAAAGAUUUCAGAAAAAAUCGAAGUUUACUUCGUGGAGCAGAGACUGUAUGAAAAUAGGAUUGUGUUCUGUUCCUCCAGCAGGACAUUCUUCAUCAUUACUGUGCCUUCUUAAUUCAUCUACCAUGUCUUCAUUAUUCAAAGAUGUAGUUCAAGAGUUUUCUAAAUUGUACAGAAAGAAGGCACAUGUUCAUCACUAUACGAAAGUAUGCGGAUUUGAAGAAACACACUUCAUUGAGAGCAAAGAAAAUAUUUUCAAUUUAUGUGAAUGUUACACAGAAGUGCAGAACAUGGAAGAGUCAAAUAUCUCCAGAUUACAAAUAAUUUAACGAGUUUGUCAAUUUCUAAAAAACAAAUGUAUUUUAAAUCAGCUGCAUGCAUUGCAUAUAUA